AUGUCGUCCAAUUCUGGCCAGACUCCUCCCUCUUCCAAGGCGGUGAACAUACCGAAUAAGUCGUCAUCUUCGACAUUCCACUCCGCACCUGCAAUCGAUAGCGGUCCCAGACGCGUGGGAGCAUCAGGCAGCUUUGGCGCUGGGUUGGCGUCGAAGAGCUCAAGCUCUGCUCGAAACAAUCAGGCCCUGAAAAGCCAGCACAAGCGGCAAAGGCGUCCCCGGUUACUGGAUGAUGAUAUUGAUGAGUCGACCAUCAUGAAAUCGACAAUCAGCCGAAAGGGACAGACGUCCAUCACCCACUUAAUGAACUUUUCUCUACCCCCUCGUCCCGAAUACCAUCCUCCACCGCGGAACCCCCGCCGCUACAACUCAUGGGGUCUUGGGUCUGGCUAUCAUGCGAUGGACAAGGCCCGCUACGUUCAUGCCAAUUAUCGCUUCAUCGUAACACCAAACCGCGUCUACCACGCCCAAGCAGCUAACGCCGACGUACACCUUGACUGGGACUCGAUUCUCCAAAUACUUGUUUCUGCCCAGACUCAGGCGUCCAGCUGCCCUAUUUGCUUGUCUACACCCGUGGCACCGCGGAUGGCUCAGUGUGGACAUAUAUUCUGUCUGCCCUGUCUAAUUCGUUUUAUGCACUCGACAGACAACGAAAACCCGGCUUCCGAAAAGAAAGCGCGUUGUAAAAAAUGCCCUAUCUGCUGGGAUAUCAUUUACAUCUCGGAAACACGGCCAGUGAGAUGGUUCAGUGGCCAAGAAGGUAUCCUCCCUUUCGAGGGCGGCGACGUCGUGCUGAGGCUUGUCAAAAGGGACACUCGAAGUACCCUCGCCCUGCCUAGAGACGGUGCUGAGAGUCUUGCUCCUGAAGAGGAUAUUCCAUGGUACCAUGCUGCGGAAGUGGCAGAUUAUGCCCGUAUCAUGAAAGGGGGAGAAGACUACAUGAACGCUCAAUACGAUACCGAGAUUGAAGAUUUACGCAGGCAGGAGCAAGAAGACGAGGUCUUGUUUGGAGACGAGACCACAUGGACGAAAAAGGCAGUGUCAGCCAUAAACGAAGCCAAGCAAAAGCUCGAAGGCAUCGGGAACCCCCCUGAAGUUUCACCCCAGCCAGCCGUCAAUCGACCACCGAAAGACCCAAUUACCCACCAGGAGCCGCCAGAAGAGGUUGCACUCAUGUAUGCUUCACAGCAUGCCACCAAGGCAGGCAAAUCUUCACCUAGUGAGGAACCCAUUAUACAGAAUGAGGUUGACCAAACUACGGAGGCAAUGAAUAAUAUAGAUUUGACAACGACGAAUGGCACAAGGUCCAAACAGAAGCAUCCUGCGACUGGCCGAAACAAUCCUCAGUCGGAUCGAAAAAAGGGCUCCAACGCGCCUCAUCCUGCCGACCAGCCAUAUUACUUCUACCAAGCUCUACCUCAUUACUACCUUUCCCCUCUUGAUAUCCGCGUUCUCAAAACUGCAUUUGGAGAUUACUCGUUGUUCCCGGCAACCAUCCUACCUCGUGUUGAACACAUAACUACCGGUCACAUUAUGGAUGACGAGUUGCGCAAGCGCGUCAAGUACCUUGGUCAUCUCCCUCAGGGCUGUGAAGUGAACUUCCUUGAGUGCGAUUGGAGAGAUGUUGUCAUGCCAGACGUCCUAGAACAGUUCAGCACGGAAUUAGGAAAGCGACGGAAGCGGAAUAAAGAGAAAGAAGUCCGUGAGGAGAAGAGUCGCAUCAAAGCUGAGAAAGAGGAGGAUGAGAAGCGUUGGGCUGCAGCGCGUCAGAAGAGACCGAGCAUCAGCACAAGCGAUCGACCAUUCUCCGACCGUGAUUUCAUACCAUUAGCAGGUGCAGCCGAUGCUGGAAAUAUCGAACUCGGGUCCUCCGCCUCACCUCCUCGGCCACCGUCUCAUUUCAGUGCGUUAGCCAGUCCUUCGACCAGCCCUCCCGGAGCCCGCACUGUCUGGGGAACCGCUGCCGUAGCAGGACCUGCAACAAAGCCUGACCACCUCAGGGCCACUCCUCGAGACGGUUGGCGAGAAGGGUGGGAAGACGAGUUGUUUGCUCACCAAGAGAGUGAGUUGAUUGCUCAAACAGCCGUGGAUGAGAACAAUUCGUCCUCGCAGGCGAAAAAGAAGGGAAAGAAGAACAAGAAGAUAACCCUCAUGUCCACCAAUAUUCAACGGGGGGCAUGA